CGCCUUUCUUUCGCAGCUAAGCUAAACCCUCACCCACAGCCGCAGCAGAGCAGAGGGAUAAACCCAAACCCCUCCCUCCAUUCGAACCCAAACCAAACCCGAGCCGCCGCCCGCGGAAUCGAAUCUUCGCCCCCUCCCGCCUUCCUCCUUCCCUUCCCUUCCCUUCCCUUCCCUUCCCUUCCCCGCGCGAUCAAUCAAGCGAUCGGAGCCCUCCUCCUCAUACAAGAUGUCGCCGGCGGAGAUGGAGUCCCACAAGAUGGUUGAGGUGGAGGCGGCGGCGGAUCCUGAGGAGCGCACCGCCUCCGGUGACCCCAAGGCCUGCGACGACUGCAACACCACCAAGACGCCGCUCUGGCGCGGCGGACCCAACGGACCAAAGUCGCUGUGCAACGCGUGCGGGAUCCGGUACCGCAAGAGGCGGCGGGUGGCCAUGGGGCUCGACCCGGAGGCCAAGAGGAAGCCCAAGAGGGACGACGCCAUCCUAUCCAAGGCGGAGGCUUCUAGUACCAAGGAGGAGGAGGAGGAGGAGGACAACAAGGCCAGCACCAACAAGAUCAAGACCAAGACGACUACUCACACCGUGGAGCUCCACAUGGUGGGGUUCGCCAAGGACGCGGUGCUCAAGCAACGGCGCAGGAUGCGGAUGCGGCGGAGGAAGCCGUCGUGCCUGGGCGAGGAGGAGCGGGCCGCCAUCCUCCUCAUGUCCCUCUCCUCAGGCGUAAUAUACGCCUGAUCCAUCUCCUUGGAUCGGUCCCAGUCGGAACAAGAUGAACAUGAAGAGGUGUUGUUGGCAUCCAUCAAAUCAAAUCAAAUAAUCAUCUAUGCUAUGCUAUAUGAUGAUCUAGUCCUAGAUCAGCAGCCUACCUACCUAGCUGUGUGUGUGUUGGUUGUUGCUGGCUUACCGUUGCUUCUUUCGUUGCUAGCUAGCUAGUGAGUACUUUGAUCCCCUGUGCUGUUAAUGCCUGUCUGUCCGUCUGUUUGUUUGUUCCAAGUAUGUACUGUCUGACUUAAUCUGCAAUGCAAUGCAAUGCAAAGUGACAAGAACAAGUCAAGUCAUGUUAA